GCUGUUCAUUCAGUGAGUAAAUCAUGGUUGACAGGGAGGCAGCAGCAGCAGCUAUGGCUCACAGCUUCACUCAGGAGUAUUUUCAGAUCCCCGUGGUGACCCGAGCAUACACGACCGCCUGCGUCCUCACCACCGCUGCUGUGCAACUUGAGGUCAUCACCCCCUUUCAGCUCUACUUUAACCCAGAACUCAUCAUCAGAAGAUACCAGAUAUGGCGCCUGAUAACCAGCUUCCUCUUCUUUGGUUCUCUUGGAUUCAGUUUUGUGUUCAACAUCAUCUUUCUUUAUCGAUACUGUCGGAUGCUGGAGGAAGGCUCUUUCCGCGGAAGGACAGCAGAUUUUGUUUUCAUGUUCCUGUUUGGAGGAAUCGUGAUGACUUUGUUUGGUCUGUUCGCCAACGUCUUCUUCCUGGGUCAGGCCUUCAUCAUCAUGCUUGUGUAUGUGUGGAGUAGAAGACAUCCGCUCAUACGCAUGAACUUCUUUGGCCUCCUGAACUUCCAGGCCCCAUUUCUCCCCUGGGUGCUCAUGGGAUUUUCGCUGCUGCUCGGAAACUCCAUCGUGGUCGACCUCCUAGGUAUCAGUGUCGGUCACAUGUACUACUUCCUAGAAGAUGUGUUUCCACACCAGCCGGGAGGAAGGAAGCUGCUGAUGACACCAGAACUUCUGAGGGCCAUGUUUGACCGCCCGGUGGACCCAAACUACCGUCCCCUCCACGAAGAGCAUCUGCAGCAGGACAACUAACAGCACCAAGACCCACAAAAUCAGAGAAACCAGCAGACAGAAAGACAGACAGAAGAUGUGAAUUUGUGGAGUUCUGAGUCCUUGCAGCGGUCAGUUUCGAUGUACAAGGACUGAAGUUUUUUAACCAAAAAUGCCAAAGCAUUUUGGAAUUGAAUGGCUUCUACACAAUAGCCUUUAAGGUUCACUUAGAGCUUUAUUAGAGCUUUCAGCUGUAUCUCAGUGUUUAUCAGGGGCCAUCAUGGGGAAGGGAAUUUAUAAAAGUUGCAAAAACUUAAGCCAAGAAGACAGAAACACUGACUCACUUGACCUCCGGUUGCAAAGCUAUUCACAACAACAAAUACAAACAUCCUAAGAAAGCACAAGUGACAUUUCCAGUUUUACUUUGAAACUUAAAUCAUCUUAACUCUGAUUUCUGACCACGGCUUAACUUUUCUAGUGUUAACAUGACCAGAUAUGUUGCUUCUGGUAACUGAGGGGAGCAGGACUAACCCAUAACUCCCUUCCCUGCUGUUGCGUCACUGCUGCUGCUGCUGCUGCACAGAACUGCCGACGGCCUGAAAUCCCAUCAGCCCCGUCUGCACACUCUGCACUUUCACCCGCUGCCUUUGUGGGUCAAACACUGUGGACAAAAUGGAAAUUGCUUAGCACAACAACACGCAAACAAGUCUCUGCGGGACCCCAACAACAAAACACAUACUUCAUCAUCCUUUACAGCACAGCACUGCUGAUAAAUAUUAGUCAUAACUCAGACUGAUGUGGUCACCGUCAAAAAACCAAUUCUGUGUUUAAUUUUUUUUUUUUUUUAUCAGUGUGGAAAAGGACCAUUUACAGUAAGAGUAUUAUGGGAUAGAAAACUCAGUGUGGGGAUAUUUUUUAGGGGCUUUUACAUGCAGCAAAGGGCCACAGGUUGGCAUCAAACCCAUGACUGCCGCAGCAAGGUCUUAGCCUCAGUACAUGGGCGCCAGCUCUACCGGGUGAGCUAUCAGGACGCCCCAGGGUGAGGAUAUUCUAAGAUACAAAUUGGCCUUUAAAAGAAGAACUCACAAAAACCUAAAACUAGGGCAGCAAGACUUAAAGCAAUUAUCUAACUGCAAUUUUGCUCAACAAUAUUGCAAAUAUUGAAAAAAGUAAAAGUAAACUACAGCUUUAUUAAUCGAUCUAAUAAUGCAGGUGCUUGUUUUACCAUGUUCACCAUCCUAGUUUAGCCUGUUAGCAUGCUAACAUUUCCAUAUGAGUACAGAACUCAAAGUUCAGCUGAGGCUGAUAGGAAUGUGAUUAGUUUUGCACUAAAAUCUUGAAGAGAAUGCAAAGGGAAAAUGAUCACCAAACCAAAAUUCAUCACAAUCUAUCCAAUAGCUGUGGAGACAUUUAACCACUGAUGUCGACCCCAUGGUAGCACUAUAGGAAAAACUCUGAGGUAGAAAAUGUCAUGGCAAUCCAUUCAAGAGAUGUUGAUAUUUCAAUCUGGACUGACUACAAACACUUUACCACUGUAAUGAUGCUUUAUGAACAGCAAAAACACAGUCCACUGCUUAAUCUUUCAAACAUCUUCAAAAACUAUCUUUGGCCGAGUGUAAAUGUACAGACACAUGCCUAAGAGAGCAUAUUAACCAGCCAAGAUUUAAUCAGGUCAGAGAAAUGUUAUUUAGCUACAGCUGAAGGAAUCUGCCACCUUUAACCUUCACUUGCUACAGAUAAACACAGUUAAUAUUUGGAUUGUUCAGUCAGCCCUAAAACUGGACACUUGUAUAAAAUAAUAAUCAGGCAAUUGGUCAAAACAAUCAAGCUCUAACUGCGGCAGAAAGACUUGACGAGCAUGACGAUUGUAAAUGGUGCACAAUAUAACAAGACGGGAACUCAAGCGCUUUCACUUUUUUUUAUUUUGUAAGAAUUAUUAAAAUGUACAAAAAGACAACAAAUACAACAUAACAAUAUAUUA